AUGGGUAAAGUCCACGGGUCCCUCGCUCGUGCCGGAAAGGUCAAGUCGCAGACACCGAAGGUUGAGCCCCAGGAGAAGAAGAAGGUUCCCAAGGGCCGCGCGAAGAAGAGGAUACAAUACACCCGCCGCUUCGUGAACGUUACCAUGACUGGUGGCAAGAGGAAGGUGAGGAUCUAA